AUGUGCGAAGUGAAGGAGAACGCAAAGACUCGUCACACAUUCGAGUCUUUUCUUUUUGUCUUUCCGAAACAUUUUGUUUGGACUCGUUGUCGCUGUGGCACGUUGGCUACUUGGCUCAAAGAGUUGAUGGAAUGCGUAGCUCUAGGUUCGAAGAACUCAUGGAAAGGGGUUAACGAAGCGACCCUGACUGGGUUGACCUGCAUGGACAAGGAUGUCAAGGCUCCGCCGACCUUGGCUGAUGUGGACGACGAGGACGUUUCUACGGAGAUCUUCUUGGGAGUGGUGAAGUCGUAUAACGAUCGUCGCGGAUUUGGCUUCCUCGCCUGUACAGAGACCGCAGACCAAUUUGGACGCGAUGUCUACAUGCCUAAGGCAGAGGCAACUAUGGCUGCUUUGCUCGCCACAGGCAUAGACAGAGAAACCGCCUUCACUAUGGUCAUGACUGGGAACACUGCAGCAGCAGCUUGUAGUGCUGCGCUGGCAGCUGCUUGCCAUGGGCCAGAAGCUUCGAAAGCAGCGGCUGCGGCAUGUGCUGCCAGCUCAAAAGAAGAAGGUGAAAAAUCCUCCGCGCCACGUUUGGCUGAAGAGGAUUUGGUCUUCUUCCGUGUACGGAAAUCUAUUGAGGGAUAUCCUCAAGCAGUAUGCGUGCAACGUCUGCAUAAGCUGACGGGAAGUGUGCUACAUCCACCCGAAGAAGGCGGUCGUCCUGGCACCAUCAAGAGCGAAGAGGCUACUGCUGUCUGCGGGCGAAGGGAGGUCUUUUUUGACUUUGAAGCAGCUGGACAGUUGCGCACAAUCCCUGGAGACUUGGUGAGUUUCUGUAUUCCAGAGGCUGAGAGCAAGAUUGGGCAGGAGUCAGUUAGGCCAUCUGAGCCUUUUGCCAGAAUGGUGUGCUUAUCCUCCACCACUCGGCCGCAGGGCACUGUCUUAGGCUGCUUCACCCUGGACUUGCCCAGGACAAGGAGCGAUGAUCUGCCAGGAUAUCGACCAAACUUGCGGUUGCCAUGCCAUGCGUUUGGAGACAAGCUGGUUUUAGCAGGGCUUCCUUCGGAUUUGGACGAGACCGAACUCAUGAAGUUCUUUUCAAAACAAGGUGCCAACAAUGCCAUUGUGGCACAUGCCAGGGACAGGAGCUUUGCAUCUGUGACCUUUUCGAGCAUCGUGGAUGUCGCCCGUUUUCUGAGCCGCAUUGCUCAUGCAUACGCAGAUGAGAAGGGCACCCUGAUCGCGAGGCUGUUGUCCAAAACGACCAGUAUGGAGGAGAUCCCAACGCUUCCCGCUUUACCAGCACCCACUCUGUCGACCAGAGAUGCUGAUGCGGAGCUGGAAGCAGGGAGUCUCAUGGUCCUUUGGUCACCUUUGGUUUUGGCCGUAGGAUACACCGUGGAGUUGAGGCCUGUUGGCAGCAACUCAUCCUGGUCUUCGGUGGAUGUAACUUCCAAGAAGCUAGGGGCAGUAAGCAAUCGCUUUGACCAGAGCUGCUCCUCUUGCGUGGUCAAUAGUUUACAGAUCAGCACUGCUUACGAGGCGCGCAUCUCCUAUUUCACGAACUGCCAGACGAUUUCUGAAGCGUCGGAUCCUUCCAAGCCAUGUCUUCCAUCCCAAGGGAACCAAGAUCCCAAGGGCAAGGUGGCCAAGAGUGUGACACCAAGUGGACCAAGUGCCUCCAAUCCGGAAGGCUAUUCGAGCCUGCUUGGCACAAGCGGCAGCUUGCCCUUAGCAAAGCCGCCAGCACCGCCAGCAUUCACUCCAGGUCACCUUCCACCUCUUCAUCCACCGCCACACCCUCACCAUCCAUCACUGUGGUCUUCCUGGACUCCGGAAGUCUAUCCUCCAGAUCCAGGUUACACGGCGCAAACGUGGCGUUCGCCCACGGGGCUGGUGGUGCCGCCGCCCGCUGCACCGGAGCUUUGCCCGGCCGAUGAGUACGGCUUUUCUCUGUCAGUGCGGUGGCCAGCUGUUCUUCAAGCAGCUGCCUAUGUGGUUGAAUUGCGUGAGGCUGGCACCACCGUCUCUGAGCGAUUCCAGCGAACCGCUCCCGAGGCGAAGCUUGGGACCUUGGUGGAGCUGCGAGUUGGAGGCUUGCGGCCAGGACCUGCACCUGGCCGGAUCUACUGUGCUCAGGUCCGAACAGUUGGCAAUGAUGGCUGGGAGUCCUUGCCCUCUCCAUGGGGAUGGUCAGUGCCACUGCCGCCGGCAGAGGAACCUGCUUCGAACCUCUCCGCAGACGCGGCACCCUGGCAGUCUUCAAAAGAUCCACUCUCGGCAUCCAUAGAGGUUGAGAAGAGACGGAAAGUGGAGGCCGAAAAGAAAGAGGCUGAGAAGUUGCCGGAACGCGCCGUGAAGAAAGGGGAAGCUCGCGUUUGGCAUAUCCUCAAGAAGCACAGGGAUUUCUUUGGCAAACCUGCCAAGUCGUGGCGACAGAAAGAGAUCACUUGGAGCAAGAAGGAGGCGAAAGAAGCACUGAAAGCUCUGAAGUUCAAACUGGAGAACGUGGCCUACGGUGGCGGUGCACAGGCACUGCAGAAGAAGUUUGAAAACUAUGCCCGUGCCGAAAGCGAUGAUGACAUCUCGGCAAAAGUGGGCGGAGAUCUUGGGCCGAUUACCAAGAAGAAGAAACUUUUUGGUGGCUAUGAGAUCUCCAAGAUCUCCUUCGAGCUCAAAAUUGGAACCAUUUCAGACAUCGUGGAGUCGAGCGAGGGCGUCCACUUGGUGGGACGCUUCGAGUGA